AUGCUGCUGUAUGGACGCAACAUACUAACACGUUUGGAUGUGUCGAAGCCGAAUCUGGCACAGACAGUGCAACGUAAGCAGAUAAACAUGAACACUCGAUAUUCUGGUGUUCGGCGGCUGGAAGUGGGACAGACGGUGAUUACACGUGAUUAUCGUAUCAGUAGAAACAAGUGGGUGCACGGGCAGAUUUAUUCCCAGACAGGCCCACUAUCGUACAAGGUCGACGUCGAUGGUACUUUGUGGAGAAGACAUCUGGAUCAGUUAAUAUUGGCAGACAUUAGUUCAGCAGCACCGCAGAACAGUACCAUCCCGGAAAUGUCAUCUCCAGCGUUCAUCUCUGGUGGUAGUCGAAACGCUGGUAUCGGGGAGAGUGAGUCCAGUAAUAGGAAGGCGACUCCAGCAGUGAGCAGCCCAGAGAAGACUCCAGCAGUGAGCAGCCUGGAGAAGACUCUAACGAGUCAUAGAACACCACCGGUGACGGCAGUUCAACGCAGUCCUGUGGCAGCAGUCCGUCAGAAUCCGGCGAGAAUCCGAAAGGCUCCAGAUCGUCUGAAUCUGUGA